CUGAAUUCCGAGUGCUCCCGUCCGCGAUCGGCCGUCCUCCGUCUCUUCUCCUCCUGCUUCCCCCCUUUCGCUUCUCCCCCACCGCUCGAGAACAAUCCCUAGCGCAAGAAUUUCGGCUCCUCCUUUCCGGGAUUCUUCAAUCGGUGGCAGGGGCGAUCCGUCGCUGGAAAUGGCGACCAACGUCUCCGCCGUCUACAUCCAGGUGGUGGACGAUGUCAUCAGUAAGAUCCGCGACGAGUUCAUCAACUUCGGCGCCGGGGAGAGCGCCCUCGCGGAGCUCCAGGCGAUGUGGGAGAUGAAGAUGAUGCAGGCCGGCGCUAUAAGCGGCAACAUCGAGAGGCCGGCCCCUCAGAAAAAUGUCGCCCCGACGCCGGUGCAUGAUCUCAACGUGCCUUACGAGGGGCCGAUCGAGGAGUACGAGACCCCAACUGCAGAUAUGCUUUUUCCACCGACUCCCAUACAGACACCACUGCCUGGAACUGAUUCGGGGAUGUAUAACAUACCCACUGGUCCCUCCGAUUAUGCUCCAUCUCCAAUUGCAGAUAUCAGAAAUAGCCUGGACUUGAAAACUGGAAGGCCCAGUCCUUACAUGCAACCACCUUCGCCGUGGAUGAACCAGAGGCCUCUUGGGGUAGAUGUUAAUGUUGCUUAUGUUGAUGGCCGCCAAGAGACUGAUAGAGGUUCAUCUCAGCAAGCCAUGACUCAGGACUUUUUUAUGAAUUCCUCCGGGAAACGUAAAAGGGAUGACUAUCCUUCCCGCUUAAACCCUGGAGGUUAUUUACCGCAACAAGAUGGAAGUGGAGAUAUUACAAUAGAAUUGCCACAGAAUGUGGUAAACCAACUUCAUAAGGGAUCACCUAAACAUGGACAAGGAUCUGGAACUUCAAAGGUCAUUCCAGACAGAGGACGACCAGCUUUACUUCCUCAGAGUGAUGGAGUACAAGAUGAUUAUGAUGAUUUGUUUCCAUUCCAAGGUGUGGCCACUGAAGACUACAAUACACCUGGAGACCAUGUUGAACUACGAACUCCAACCCCUGCUGUUGCUACACCAAAACCAAAUAAAGAUGAAGCUGAAGAUGAUGAGCCAUCCCUAAAUGAAGACGAUGACGAUGAUGAUGAGUUGGAUGAUGACCAAGAUGAUGAUGAGCCAAAUACUCAGCACUUGGUUCUGGCUCUCUUUGAUAAGGUGACGCGGACAAAAAGCAGAUGGAAGUGUACCCUCAAGGAUGGCAUAAUGCAUCUUAAUAACAGGGAUAUUCUUUUUAACAAGGCAAACGGUGAGUUCGAGUUCUAAUUUUCUUGCCCUUGCAGCCAUGAGCCUGUCAACUGGAAGCAUUAACUGUGGCGUUAUAUAUUCUGUAAGCUGUUUGCACUCAUGUGAAUGGAUUAUCAAAAACGCUCUCUUGUAAAGAUGGUAUAUUCUGAACCUUUAAAUUUGUUGCUAUUUUUUUAUUUCGUAUAA